UUUUAUUCUGGCCCCGGAUCGGGGCUCACUUUCACUCGGGACUCGUAGGGGUGGCUGCCUCACCAUGUGCACUGGGAAGUGCUCCCGCUUCGUGGGGCUCUCCCUCAUCCCCCUGUCCCUGGUCUGCAUGGUGGCCAAUGCCCUCCUGCUGGUGCCUCAGGGCAAGACCAACUGGACAAACGUCAGCAACCUCAGUUUGCAAGUGUGGCUCAUGGCUGGCUUCGUCGGAGGGGGCCUGAUGGUGCUAUGUCCCGGCAUCGCGGCUGUUCGCGCAGGGGGCAAGGGCUGCUGCGGCGUGGGCUGCUGCGGAAAUCGCUGCAGGAUGCUGCGCUCCAUCUUCUCCUCGGCCUUCGGGGUGCUGGGUGCCAUCUACUGCCUGUCAGUGUCAGGAGCCGGGCUCCGAAUCGGACCCAUUUGCUUAAUGAACGGCCAGUGGGAAUAUCACUUCAAAGACACCGAAGGCUCUUACCUGCUCAACCAUACUUUGUGGGACUUGUGCGUGGAGCCACCAGGUGUGGUCUCCUGGAAUGUGACUCUCUUCUCGCUGCUGGUGGCCGCCUCGUGUCUGGAGGUCGUGCUGUGCGGGAUACAGCUGGUGAACGCCACCCUCGGUGUCUUCUGCGGCGAUUGCAGGAAGAAGGAGGGCACCCCUCAAUGAAGUUCCACUGAUGUUGUGCUCCCUCCUGGAUGCCCGACUGGCCCACCUGAACCUGGAAUAAACUUUUGAACUCUC